AUGGACAGAGAAAGACAAACUUUUUCAAUCUCUUUUCUCUUCUCCUUUGUCUACAGCCUCUUAAUGAAUAAAAGUAAAUUCCUCUACCACUUCAAAAAUGUAAGAUGGGCUAAGGGUCGUCAUGAAACCUACCUGUGCUAUGUUGUGAAACGUCGGGAUAGUGCCACUUCCUUCUCACUGGACUUUGGCUACCUUCGCAACAAGAAUGGCUGUCAUGUAGAACUGAUCUUCCUUCGUUACAUCUCUGCCUGGGACCUUGAUCCUAGCCGAUGCUAUAGGGUGACAUGGUUCACUUCAUGGAGUCCAUGUUAUGAUUGUGCUCGGCAUGUGGCUAAUUUCCUUCGCUGCUACCCUAACUUAACUCUUCGAAUCUUCACUGCCCGUCUCUACUUCUGUGAGGACAAGAAAGCUGAGCCAGAGGGACUUCGACGUUUGCACCGGGCUGGGGUCCAAAUUGCUAUCAUGACUUUCAAAGAUUAUUUUUAUUGCUGGAACACCUUUGUGGAAAAUAGAGAGAGGACCUUCAAAGCCUGGGAAGGACUGCAUGAAAACUCUGUUCGUCUGUCUCGACAACUCCGGCGUAUCCUCUUGCCACUAUAUGAGAUUGAUGACUUAAGAGACGCCUUCCGUACUCUGGGACUUUGA